AUGGCCAAGAAGACUUCGACUCCCGCCGCCUCCACACCUUCAUUGAAGAAAUCGUCCUCAUCCGGCGGGCAACGCACUCUUCUAGGCUUCUUUCAGAAAACACCGUCGUCCACUGGUUCUCCUGGGGGCCUCCCCGCCCGGACAGCGACGACCUCAACACCUGCUCCUGUAAAGCUUCCAGCAAAGUCUGGUGGAACGACCUCGUCAGGGUCUUCCUUGACUCCCGUCCCCAGCAGCGAUGCGGCCGAGCCAGAAGUUGACACCGAGGAUGAUCGACUCAAGGCAAGUCUGCCUGCUGCUGCCAAAGGUCUGCUGUCGCCAGUCUCAACUGACGAGGGGCAGACUAAUGGAGUAGAAGAGCUGACUGCCCGGGGGACGCCUUCGCGAAGGGCGAAGAAGAAGGCCGUGAGAUACAUCGAGUCAGAUAGCGAGGGCACCGACAACGAUGACGACGUAUUCAAACCUACACCUGUAGGUCGCUCUAGACGGACAAAGCGCCGGCGCCUGUCGGAUAGUGCCGAGGAGGAUCUCUACGAGCAGGAGAAUGAUGCCGCGGAACAAGAGGAUGAUGAUAUGGACGAUUUCAUUGCCCCGGACGAUUCGGAAGACGACAUUCCCCGGCCCUCGAAGCGUAAACGACCGUCUCAACCGGCAUCCCGAAAAGUCUCGUCGCAUUUUACUCCCACGGCUGACAACGUGGACAUUGACAUGGACUUGGAGGCUGCUGAAGGCUCGUCAACCGCUCAACAAUGGGCGUAUGAUCCUGCAAAUCCGCAGCCUCUGCAGGCGCGAUCCUCCAAUAUCCCCUCCAGGAAACCGGGCGGCCAGGAUGGCAAGAAACAAAAGGCACACAUGACGGAGCCGGAACAACGACACGCAUGGCUAGAGGACAUUCGGGACAUUGACCGCAAUCCACCCGGUCAUCCAGAUUACGAUCCUCGGACAUUAUACAUUCCCCCAAUGGCAUGGACCAAGUUUUCUCCUUUCGAAAAGCAAUACUGGGAGAUCAAGCAAAAGCUCUGGGACACGAUCGUUUUCUUCAAGAAAGGGAAAUUCUAUGAGUUGUACGAGAACGACGCGACCAUUGGUCAUCAGCUGUUUGAUCUCAAGUUGACAGACCGCGUCAACAUGCGGAUGGUGGGCGUCCCAGAGUCGAGCCUGGAGAUGUGGGCCAACCAGUUCGUGGCAAAGGGCUUCAAAGUCGCACGUGUUGACCAGCAAGAGACCGCUCUGGGCAAGAACAUGCGCGAGAGAGAUGAAAAAUCCAACAUGAAGAAGGGUAAGGAGGACAAGGUCAUCAGGAGAGAGCUUGCGUGUGUUCUCACCGCGGGGACUCUGGUCGAUGGAACCAUGCUACAAGAUGACAUGUCCACGUACUGCGUGGCCAUCAAGGAGUCGGAAAUCGACAAUAUGCCAGCGUUCGGGGUGGCCUUUGUCGAUACGGCUACGGGACAGUUCCACAUUUCACAGUUCGUCGACGACUCCGACCUGACGAGAUUUGAAACUUUCGUCGCACAAACGCGACCUCAGGAGAUUCUCCUCGAAAAGGGCGAAGUCUCCAUGAAGACGUUGCGGAUUCUGAAGAACAACACAGGCCCAACAACAAUCUGGAACUACUUGAAGCCGGGCAAGGAGUUCUGGGAGGGGCAUAUCACCGCAAAGGAGAUCGAAGCGAGCGAUUACUUUCCCAUGGACUGGCCCGAGGUCCUUCAACAGGCUCGUGAAAAGGAUCUCCUCAUGUCCGCGUUGGGUGCUCUGAUUUGUUAUCUAAGAACACUGAACAUCGAGCGCGAGUUGGUCACUUUGGGCAACUUUACGUGGUACGACCCGAUCCGGAAGGCCACCAGCCUUGUCCUAGACGGGCAGACCCUGAUCAAUCUGGAAGUGUUUGCCAAUUCGUAUGACGGAGGUAUCGAGGGAACACUUUUCCAGCUGCUCAACCGUUGCAUCACUCCUUUCGGCAAACGCAUGUUCAAACAAUGGGUUUGUCAUCCGUUGAUGGACACGAAGAAGAUCAAUGCUCGUCUCGAUGCGGUCGAUUCUCUCAACCGAGACACCAAAGUCCGCGAUCGGUUCACCUCGCAGAUGACCAAGCUGCCGGACCUGGAACGACUGAUCUCUCGGGUCCAUGCCGGGUCGUGCAAGGUGCAGGACUUUGUCAAGGUGCUUGAAGGCUUCGAACAGAUUGACCACACCAUGUCUCUGCUCCGUGAUGGGGACGCUGGAUCGAACUUGGACAGCGAGAGCGUCAUUGGCCAACUCAUCACCGCUAUGCCUGAUCUCCAGCCACAUCUUAAGUACUGGAUGGACGCCUUUGACCGCACCAAGGCCAAAGAGACCGGGAUCUUGGAGCCGGAACGCGGAAUCGAAGAGGAUUUUGACAAUUCGAAGGACACCAUAGACGCCAUUCAGGACGAGUUCAAUGUGCUCCUCCACAAAUGGCGCAAGGAGUUUGGGUCUAGUGGUAUCUGCUACCGCGACAGUGGCAAAGAAAUCAUGCAACUGGAAGUCCCUCUCAAGGUCAAGGGCAUCCCCAAGAACUGGGACCAAAUGUCUGCGACGAAGCAGGUCAAAAGAUAUUAUUUCCCUGAGCUGAGAUCCCUGGUUCGCAAGCUGCAGGAGGCUCAAGAAACGCACUCACAGAUUGUCAAGGAGGUCGCGGGCCGGUUCUUCGCGCGCUUCGACGAGAAGUACGAGAUCUGGCUGGCUGCGAUCCGCAUCAUCGCGCAGCUCGACUGCCUGAUCUCGCUGGCCAAGGCAAGCAGCAGUCUCGGCUACCCCAGUUGUCGGCCCGAGUUCAUCGACGAUGACCAGGAUGCGGCUUCCACUAGAUUGGGCCCAAGUCGCUCGACGCUCGAGCUGGUUGAGCUCCGUCACCCAUGUCUGCUUGCCAAAGUGGACGACUUCAUCCCCAACGACGUUGUCCUUGGUGGCACAGGCGCGAAUCUCAGCUUGCUGACGGGCGCCAACGCCGCGGGUAAAUCAACGGUGCUGCGCAUGACCUGCAUCGCCGUCAUCAUGGCCCAGAUUGGAUGUUACCUACCAUGUCUUUCGGCACGCCUCACGCCAUUUGACCGGAUCAUGUCGCGCUUGGGAGCCCAGGAUCAUAUCUUUGCGGCGCAAUCGACCUUUUUCGUCGAGCUCGCCGAGACCAAGAAGAUCUUGAGCGAAGCCACCCCCCGCAGCCUGGUGAUUCUGGACGAGCUGGGCCGAGGAACCUCGUCGCACGACGGCGUCGCGGUCGCCCAGGCCGUGCUGCACCACUUGGCCUCGCAUGUCGGAUGUCUCGGGUUCUUCGCGACGCAUUACCACUCCCUGUCGGCCGAGUUCAAGGGCCACCCGGAGAUCGAGCCGCAGCGCAUGAAGAUCCUGGUCGACGACGAGCAGCGCCGCGUCACAUUCUUGUACAAGCUCGAACGGGGCGUCGCAGAGGGCAGCUUCGGCAUGCACUGCGCCAGCAUGUGCGGCAUUCCAGCGAGGGUGGUUGACCGCGCCCAGGAGGCCGCACGGGAAUGGGAGUACACGAGUCUGAUGGCUAGAAAGUUGAAGGCUGGGGCCAACAACAAAAGUAACGGCCAAGACAGCGGCAAUGAUGGCAGCGACAGUAACGGGAGGAGCAAUUUGCCCGUGCCCCUGGGCAUCCUGAGCGAUGUGGCUUGGAUCCUCAAAGAGGACAGCAAGUCUGCCACGGGUGAGGACGUGGUGACGGAGCGCAGCAUCGAUACUCUGGCCAGAUAUAUCGAAGCCUUGUAG